AUGACCGACAAGUACUCACGGUUGGUGACAUUUGUGGUAAACAUUUGCCCAAAGCCAUUGCGUGAACUUUUUAUCAGUAAAGCAAAAAAAGAUAAAAACAUCCAGUACACAAAUUUAAAAGACUACCUUGUGUUCCGUGAACAGGACAUUCGUACUUUGGAAAGACGUAACAAAAUCACCACCGAUCAGCUGGAUCACAUUUUUCCGGCGUCUGGGAUCGUAGAUAUUCAAAAAUGGGACAUAACCUUAUCAUCAGCCCUAUUAAAAGGAUUAUUUAAGACUGAGCUAGAUUCUGAUGAAAGAUUUUGUCUCGAUACAAUUACAACAAUUCGCAACAAUUUACAGCAUAUUCCAAGCACCAAGUGUAUUGAAGAUGAAUUGUUUGACUCGUCAUGGAAUGAUCUCAAAAAUGCAGUCCUUUCAUUAUCCAAAUACGCCGGAGCUCCCGACCAACGAUCGAUAGAAGAAGAAAUUAGCAAGGCUUUAACUGAAAAUAUGCCAAAUCUCGGAGACGUUUUGCAAACAUGGUACAAAGGAUUUUCUGUUCGACUUAGUUUACAAAACAAAAAACUGGACAAGAAAUUAAAUGAGCAAGCCGCCGAGAUACAAAAUGUGAGGGCUGCGUCUGAAAAAUCUAAAGCUAUACUUUUAAAAGGAUCCAGAAAAAGACAGGGACGUUCAGGUGCCGCUGUAAAGACUUUUAACAUUUAUGACAAAAAAGUGGAAAACAUGAAAGAGAAGUUCAAAAGGGGUUUUGAUAAGCCUUUAAGUGGUUCUGAGUUUUAUCAAGACCGUAUUAAGCUUAUUACCAAACAGCUAAACGAAAACCAUCGUGUUAUCGUUACCGGGAAUAAUAACGACCUUAAUUACAAAUGUGCAUUUGCUGCAAUAAAAGGCACAAACCAAUGCAUUGAUCAAUGCUUAGAAACUAAUAACCCAUCAGACUGGGGUUCGAUCACAUCGGAGGAUGCUAAACUCGUUCUGUUGAAUGAGCCAUUUGGAAGGUUUAAAUUUGAUGAAAGAAAAUAUGAAGCAUUGCUUGACGAAAUCGACGGAAUGCUUACCGCAACACAAGGAGGGUAUGACGACACUAUCGAUAUCGUAAUAGUGGCAAACCAAAAACAUCUGAAAGAAGCGACAGAUCGCAGUGAUCAUGAGAUGUUAUGCACAUCAUCUGUUGUUGAAAUCGAUUACAGCAACAUAGACGAUAAGACUCUUGUUGUAGAUGAUACCAUACACAGGAAUUUACUUGAUAUGGCUAAGACUUUCAAAAAAUCAUACAUACCAAAGGAAGUUGAAAGUCAAGGUAAAGAAAAAGCGAAACGACUCUUCAUAGAUCAGAGUAUGGUAGUUAUUGUUGGACCAACUGGAAGUGGAAAAACAAGUCUUUCAUUUGAGUUUGCUAUCUUCAUAUGACCUCAGCAAUGGAGAAGAUAAUUUUGUCGUUAUCUCCGAUCCAAGCGAGGUGAAGUUUGUAAAUCUGUCACUGCAUCCUCUGAUAAUCAUCAGGUCAUUGUGUGGAGUGAAGUUUAAUCAUGCUGAAGCGCACAGGUGGUAUAGCCAGUUAGACAGAUUGUAUGCAGCUGUUAAGAUAAAUCAAAUAGCCGUUAUCAUAACGAUAGAAUCAAAGGUAUUCCAAAUGAUUCGAUCACGUAUGCCACCACAUCAUCUAUUGUCACAUAUUGUGACAUUGACCAGCAGUACUGUCAACGAAAGGGAAAAUGAAAGUAAAGAUACAAUUGAUUGUGAAGUACAGACUGACAACAUAAGUUUGUACGCAUUAUCGGAGGGAAACUCAACACAAGCUGGUGCAACUGUUAAUGAAAAUAAUCUAAGUAUGAAUGUAUUACCUGAAGGAAAUAACAGUCUCGAUGGCCAACAGGUUGGUGCCUUGA